AUUAAUUACACAACCUACAAACCAAAAAAAACUAGUUUGGCAUUUUUGUAUUUCAGAUAUCAUAGAUUUUGCAUAUGGAAGGAACUAAGUCCAAACUGCAAUCACUUCCCAGCGACGCAAAGUGAGAGUGAGAGGGAGCCCCAAAAUCGGAGAGCGCAAUAUCUAUCCCCCCAGUGCCCCUUUCCAUCACUGCACGCUGCACUUUCGCAUUGAGCGAAACAGAGAGAGCGCGAGCGGUAAAAGAGGGGACGAACAACCGGCUGUUGGUUGGGGCUCCUGAGAGAGCGAGAGCGACGGCGAGAGAGCCGAGCCUGGAAGCUAAACAACAAGCAUCAAGCAAACACGAAAAAGAUAACGACUUGUUUCAUUUGAUAUUCGCCAGCCGGCAGAAGCGGAACAAACAAAAAAUAAGAAAAAACACAAAUCGGACGCCGCAGCUGCGGACACCAAAUUAGAAUACUUACGGCGACAAGUUAUCGCACAAAUUAGUACGCGGGCGAGAAUUGCUACCGAGAUACGUCGGCGGACACCCGAAAUUUUUCCCAGAAAGCAAGGUGCCGUCUCAAGGAGAGGUUGAGGAACUAGAGCCCAGACAUGUAUACGAAAAUCUUUCGCGCUGUGAUAAUCGGAGCCCCCGGUUCGGGCAAAGGAACUAUUUCGACACUGAUCUGCAAGAACCAUGGAUGCGUGCACAUCUCCACGGGCGACAUCCUGCGCCAGAACAUCAUGAAAAACACGGAUCUUGGUAAAAAGGCGAAGCAGUACAUUGCCGAGGGUCAACUGGUGCCCGAUAGCAUUGUGACCAAGACGACGCUGGCCCGGAUAACCGAGGUGGGCAACAGGUCGUACAUCCUGGACGGAUUCCCGCGCAAUAUUGCCCAGGCCGAGGCACUGGCCGCCCGCGAGCAAAUCGAUGCCGUGAUCACGCUGGACAUUCCACACAAUGUGAUUAUCGACCGGGUCAGGAAUCGCUGGAUACAUGCGCCCUCCGGCAGGGUGUACAACGUAGGGUUCCAGGAUCCCAAGGUGCCUGGCCGGGAUGAUGUGACGGGGGAGCCGCUGACGCAGCGCGAAGACGACAAGCCAGAGGUGGUGGCCAAGCGACUGCAGCUCUACGAUGAGCUGAUGAAUCCGGUGAUAGCCUGGUACGAAAAGAAGGGCCUGGUUGCCACUUUUAAGGGCAAACAGACCAAGGAGAUCUGGCCGAGGAUGGAGCUGUACCUCAACGACCGCAUAAAUGCGUAAUGGGGGAGACCACCCCGAAUGACAUCCAUUGUGCACAAACUAACGAUAACCUGCUGUGUUCAAUUAAGUGCAUAACAUAUUUAGAUAUACAUAUAUAUAUAAAUGAA